CUGAGACCCUGAAAUCUGAAAUACCGAAAACAACACACAAUAAGUCCAAAACAAGAUUUUGCUUUAAUAAAUCGUCGGUUUUAGUGUCCAGAACGCUUGGAUUGGCCGAGACAUUAUGGCGGCCGGGCCCGUGAGUGAACGAAAUCAAGAUGCCACCAUUUAUGUGGGUGGUUUAGACGAGAAAGUGAGCGAAUCCCUGGUUUGGGAGCUGUUCGUGCAAGCCGGUCCCGUGGUCAAUGUUCAUAUGCCCAAGGAUCGAGUCACUCUAAUGCAUCAAGGUUACGGAUUCGUCGAGUUCCUCACGGAGGAUGACGCAGACUAUGCCAUCAAGAUCAUGAACAUGAUCAAACUGUACGGGAAUCCUAUUCGUGUCAACAAGGCCUCUGCCCAUCAAAAGAAUCUGGACGUGGGAGCGAAUAUUUUCAUCGGCAAUCUGGACCCUGAAGUUGAUGAAAAGCUCCUGUACGACACAUUUUCGGCAUUCGGAGUCAUCCUGACCACGCCCAAGAUUCAACGCGAUCCAGAUUCUGGGAACUCCAAAGGAUUUGCCUUUAUCAAUUAUGCAUCAUUCGAGGCCUCAGAUGCCGCCAUAGAGGCCAUGAAUGGCCAGUAUCUUUGCAACCGCGCCAUUUCCAUUUCCUACGCAUUCAAGAAAGAUUCCAAAGGUGAACGUCACGGAUCUGCCGCCGAGCGCCUCCUGGCGGCUCAAAACCCACUUUCUCAAGCUGACCGUCCGCAUCAGUUGUUUGCUGACGCUCCCCCAAUGUCAAUGGGAGGUGGGGGUCCCCCUGGCGGUCCUCCUGGUCUGCCACCACCACCGCCAUCUAUGGGCAUGACCGGCAUGCCACCUCCUCCACCUGGGCCACCUGGUAUGCAUCCUAUGAUGGGUGGGGGAAUGCCACCAAUGCCACCUAGACCUCCCAUGCCACCUCCUCCACCAGGAUCUCAAUAUCCUCCAAUGCCCUCUGGGCCACAUCAAGGUCAAAUGAGACCCAAUUGGGGCCCUCCACCUCCUCAAGGAUACCCGCCUAUGCCACCUAAGCAAGGAUGGAGACCACCACCGCCUGGAUGGGGUGUGGGUCAUGGUGGACCUCCCCCACCUCCCAGGCCUCCAAUGCCACCAAUGCCUCCGGGUCCACCUCCUCCACAAUAAAGACAACGGUGAGAUGGAUGAUGUGUGGUUGGAGUUCAUAUUUUGAUCUGCGACAUGUUUGGGCUGAACGCUAGAUUGUGUCAAAAAAAAAAUGCGUCUUAAUUUAUGAAUAAAUUUGUGACGAGCAAAGAUUCACUGAA